UCAUGGCCGCCGCCGGAGCCCGCCUCCUGCUCUUCCGCGCCGGCCUGCUGGCCGCCGCCGUCGCCGCCGCCGCUGACCUCGGGUCCGGGGACGGCUGGGAUGCCGGUGCGCCCCCAGGGAACCGCGACCGCCCGGAGCUGCCCGCCGAUACCGCGGAUCACCGCAUGAGGCGUGCCACCACCCGCCUGCCGGAGUCCACCACAGAGAGAACACCCAGCCAGGACCCCUGGGAGACCUGGAAAGCCUUCCUCAGGCACAAUGUGGAGAAAGCUAAGGCCAGGAAGAACGGAGGCAAAGGCAGGAAGUUGGAGCCAUGCCCCCGAACCUUUGUCCUCCUGAAUGACUCAAGGCCCAUCAACUCAUCAGAACUGGUGAAGGAGUUCCGGCGGCUGCUAGAAGAAUUGGUGCCACUGCGAGAGCGCUUGGAGCCGGGCCUUGCCCCAGAGGAUGCAGCAGGGGACAGGGACAGGGACAGGGUGCCCUCCCUGACAGAGGCCCUGGCCAUGAGCCCACCACUGGUGGGGGACGCCUUCCACUGCCGCCUGCGCCAGAAAUUGUCGGUGGAGCGGCGCACACUGCACGAACUUGGUGGCUACUACCUGCCCGAAUCUGAGGGCGCCUUCUAUCGCGGCCUGGGCCUGAAUCUGACCAGCGGCCAGUACACAGCGCCAGUAGGGGGCUUCUAUGCUCUUGCGGCCACGCUGCACGUGGCCCUCCCUCAGCAGAGGAAGCCAGAGCAGCAGCGGCCUCGGGACCGCCUGCGCCUGCUCAUCUGCAUCGAGUCCCAGUGCCAGAACCACACCUCCCUGGAGGCUGUCAUAGGUCUGCAGAGCAGCGGUGAGCUCUUCACCAUCUCCGUGAACGGUGUUCUGUAUCUGCAGAUAGGGCAGUAUACCUCCGUCUUCCUGGACAACGCUAGCGGCUCCCUCGUCACUGUGCAAGACGGCUCCCAGUUCAGCGCUCUCCUCCUUGGCAUCUGAGCAGUAUCGAGCUGGGUCCCGACAAUCUCUGGGCAGUGUUGGAGUGACAGAGGCCACAUACAGGAGAAAGCCCAUUCAACUGCACACAGUGGCCCCUGCAGUUCAGCCCAGAGAUGGCCACUCCAGGCAGCCUGGGGAGGUGACAAGCAAACCUGCUGUCCCAGAACCAGAAAGGACUUUAAGAUCCCACUUCAGAGUUCAGCGCACCCAGGCCUGGGCCCCCCGCUGCUGGCCUAUUGGCUUGUCUAAAAUCUCAGUUCCACCGGCCUGCAUGGCUCAGUGGUUGGGUAUUGACCUAUGA